GCUAGCUAGGUCGUACGUCAUCGGCGCCGCCAUAAUAGUUAUGGCAACUUCUCAGCACAUCUUAUUCUCGUAGCAAAAAUGCCUCAUUCGUGUUCAGCUUGGGGGUGUACAAACCGUCACACACUUCAAACCAGGUCUCGGGGAAUUUCCUUUCACAGGUUUCCCAAAGAGAAACAGUUGAGGAAGCAGUGGGAAUUGUCUGUAAGAAAAAACGCAACCGUGCACUCCGUACUAUGCAGUGAACACUUCAGGCCCGAGGACUUUGACAGGACUGGUCAGACUGUCAGGAUUAGAGAGGGAGCUAAACCAUCUGUCUUUAGUUACUGGACUCGUCGCAAAAAACAACUAGCAUCCAAGCAAAAACAAAAAAUAUGGGAGGCUGAAGAGAGCCUACCAGUGGAUUACUCUAUCCCAAAGAAAUCUCCCACCAUUGCACCUCCUGCUCCUCCUCCGCCGCCUCCUCCUCCUCCUAAGCCGAAUCUUGACCAUAUCUAUGCAAUGCCUACAGCUCCCGCUGUCCUAAAGGCCAGACUUCACGGUGCCAUGACUAGGUUGGAAAAUCUGCAGCGAGAAGUUAGGAAUCUGAAGGAUCGAGAACGGAGGAAUAAGAAAACGAUAGACGAUCUUCAAAAGGAUCUGAAGAAGAAGAACAUCGCAAAUAGAAAGCUAAGAAACAAGCUUAAGGGCUACUCUGAAAUUCCAAUUGAUCUCCUGUUAAAAAAGGGCCACGAGUACACACAGGACCAGAAGGAGUUUGCCCUUAAUCUCCACUUACAAGGUCCAAAAGCGUAUAACUAUUUAAGAAAAGUCCUCCACCUUGACCUCCCGCAUCCACAUACAUUACAAAGGUGGAAGAGUACUGCAGACAAGCCUGGCCCUGACACGGUGACGUCCGACACAACCCCAGUAACACAGGAGGGUGAGGAAGAGGAGGAAGAACUGGCAGAUACCCAGAAUGUCCCGAUUCUGAGCUCAUUGGAGGAACUCCAGGAACUUGGUAUAAGUGUAGUGUGGACAAUGGAUGGAGAUGCUUCUGAUGCUAGCCAGUGCACCCAACUUGCCGAUUAAAGGGCCUACAAAUCGUUUUUUCACAUCCAAAGACUGAUGGGAGAUUGUUUGUGUUGACGGGUGCGUGUUAUAUGUUGAAUCUGGCAAGGAGAAUGUUACCAGAAACCAAACAUGUUGUUUCUGUAAAUUAUGUUGACUGCAUGCAGCUAGCAAUGUGUUUUCAUUCCCAAACAUGAUGCUGUCUCUAGCUGCGCGGACAUAAAGUUGCUUUUUAUCGUAGUUCUGCGCUCAUCAAGACAUAAUUCAUUGUGGUAACACUACACACAAACACAGUGAAUUAAAUGUUUUUUGUUAAUGCAGCUGUUUGCGGGACUCUUUGAUAUUAUGAAUAAACGAAGUGUCCAAGGUUCAAAGCUUAUCUGUAUUUUUUAAAUUGGACUGAGAGUUAAUGUUGAGGAAUACGAUAUUGAAGAGUUUAGAUAUACUUUACCUUUUAUUUCCUGUUUAAUUCAUUAUUUUGUGUUUUUAUGUUUUAAAUGUUGCUAUGAAGCCCGUAGUAUGUGACAACAUGCCCCAAUGUUUAUUGUAACAUCUGUAAAUAAACUUUCCUGGGCAAUA